AUGCCGCCCUCAAUAUGUCUACGCAGCUUCGCCCAGCUAUCCAUUGACGCCGCUGCGCGCCCAGCAAUCGCACCACGAGCAGCUUUCUUCUCGACAUCGUCCACACGAUAUGCCGGAGGUCCUACGAAGAAAGGCAUGGCGGCAGCGCCCAAAAAGGGUCUCAAACAAUUGAACACAAAGAAGGGAAAGAAGGCGGCUACAGGCGAUACAGGCAAGCGGCCAGCACAGGGCGAACGCAAAGCAAUGCGGAAGCGAAUCAUACUCAGCAACGACAACGCCUUGGAAGUUUCGUCGUUAAAGGAUUUGAGCAAGGCCAAUGCAUUGGAAGAGAAAAACGAGGGUCUGGUCAUGGGACUUCCAGUGGACACAGUAGACGCAUUGAGGGCUAUGGAAGCGUUCAAGACAAGCCAAGGAUGGAGUCUUUUCCGACGACCAGCAGUCCUCAUGCGCAAGGAAGCUGUCCAACUGGCGAAGCUAUUCAAAGAAGCGGAAAGUUCGAAGAAGACACUGCGGCGGAUACUGUCUGGGGAGAGGAUGAGCGGAAAGUCAACACUGCUCCUUCAAGGCUUAGCUAUGGGUCAUCUGAGGGAGUGGUUCGUCAUCAAUCUUCCAGAAGCCCAAGACAUCGUCAACGCGCAUACCGACUACGCCCCUCUCCCCGGAUCGGAACCAAUGCAAUACACCCAAGACACAUACACAUCGAACCUCCUCCAGCAAAUCCAGCUCGCCAACGGCCCCUUCCUCGCCGCAACCAAGCUCUCCAAAACAUACGAUCUCCCCGUUCCGCUGUCCGCAGGAGCCUCGCUCAAAGAACUCGUUGCCCUCGGCCAAGCCAACCCCGAAGCCUCGUGGCCUGUCUUUGCUGCUCUCUGGAACGAACUCUCGCAGCCCGGCCGCCCACCCAUCGUCCUCGCAAUCGACAGCCUAUCGCACAUCAUGCGCAACUCCGAGUACCUCUCCGCCGACGUCAAGCCCAUCCACGCACACGACCUCACGCUAAUCCGACACUUCAUGGACCACCUCUCCGGCGCGAAGAAGCUCCCCAACGGCGGCGUCGUUCUAGGCGCAACUUCGCAAUCCAACUCUCCCACUUCCCCCGCGCUCGACUUCUGCAUCCAGGUCGCCGAGGCCCGACAAACUUCUCCCGACAACAUACCGCAGUGGGAACCGUACAAGAAGUACGACGCGCGCGUUGUAGAGUCGCUCAAGGAUCUCGUCUCCGAAAGCAAGGGUCUUGACGUGAUCAAAGUCGGUGGGCUGACGAAGACCGAGGCCCGCGCGAUCAUGGAGUAUUAUGCUGAGAGCGGGCUGGUGAGGCAUCAGGUCAACGAGAGCUUUGUGACUGAGAAGUGGAGCCUGGCGGGUAUGGGGAAUAUUGGGGAGUUGGAGAGGACGGCUGUGAGGUUGAGGGUCUGA